AUGAAGUUGGAAAACCAGAACCAAACGAUCGUAGUCAGCGGAGAAUCCGGCGCGGGCAAGACCGUGUCCGCCAAGUACAUCAUGCGGUACUUUGCGUCUGUAGAAAAAACGCACGACGGCGAGCCUGCGUUGGCGGGUUCAGAUCACAAGGCCGACAUGUCAGAUGUGGAAAAACAGAUCUUGGCCACCAACCCCAUCACAGAGGCCUUCGGUAACGCCAAGACCACGCGUAACGACAACUCGUCGCGGUUCGGCAAGUACUUGGAGAUCUUGUUCGACAAGAGCCGCUCCAUUAUCGGUGCCAAUGUGCGCACGUACUUGUUGGAGCGGUCCAGGCUCGUGUUCCAGCCGCUGAACGAGAGGAACUACCACAUUUUCUACCAGAUGUUGGCCGGCAUGUCUGAGGACCAGAAGGCGGCCUUGAGCUUGUCUUCUGCCGAGGACUUCAAGUACUUAAACCAGGGAGGUGCCACUACAAUCCCCGGCGUCGACGACUCGCUGGACUUCCAGCUCACCAACGACUCGUUGGCGCUCAUCGGCAUCGACGAGUCGUGCCAGAGCGAGAUCUACAAGAUCUUGGCCGCGUUGCUCCACAUCGGUAACAUCGACAUCGCCGCCACCCGCAACGACGCGCAGUUGUCCUCCGACGAGCCCAACUUGGUCAAGGCAUGUGCGCUUUUGGGCAUCGACGCGGGCUCGUUCGCAAAGUGGUGUGUCAAGAAACAGAUCACCACGCGUUCGGAAAAGAUCAUCACCAACUUGAACCACCAGCAAGCGCUCGUGGCCAGAGACUCGUUUGCCAAAUAUAUUUAUUCUGCGUUGUUCGACUGGCUCGUGGACUACAUCAACGCGGACCUCUGUCCGCCGCAGGUGAAGGAGAACAUCAACUCGUUCAUUGGAGUGCUUGAUAUCUACGGAUUCGAGCACUUCGAGAAGAACUCGUUCGAGCAGUUCUGCAUCAACUACGCCAACGAGAAGUUGCAGCAGGAGUUCAACCAGCACGUGUUCAAGUUGGAGCAGGAAGAGUACGUCAAGGAGGAGAUCGAGUGGCUGUUCAUAGACUUUGCCGACAACCAGCCCUGCAUCAACCUUAUCGAGAACCGCAUGGGUGUGUUGGCCUUGUUGGACGAGGAGUCCCGUUUGCCGGCCGGUAACGACGCCUCCUGGAUCGAAAAGAUGUACCAGAACCUCGACAAGCCGCCCACCAACAAGGUGUUCAAGAAGCCCAGAUUUGGCCAGACCAAGUUCGUCAUCAGCCACUACGCGUUGGACGUGACCUACGACAUGGACGGCUUCAUCGAGAAAAACAGAGACACCGUCGGCGAGGGCCAUCUCGAGGUCUUGAAGACCGCCGAAAACGAGAUGUUGCAGAGCAUCUUGUCUGUCAUCGAAAAGAACGCCAGCCAGCUCGAGACCGCGGCACCUGCCGCCAACGCGCGCAAAUCGAUCGCGCUGAAGAAGCCCACGUUGGGCUCGCUCUUCAAAAACUCCUUGAUCGAGUUGAUGACCACCAUCAACUCCACCAACGCCCACUACAUCAGAUGCAUCAAGCCCAACGAACAGAAGAAGGCCUGGGAGUUCGACUCCCUCAUGGUCUUGUCCCAGUUGCGUGCGUGUGGUGUUUUGGAGACGAUUCGUAUCUCUUGUGCGGGUUUCCCCACUAGAUGGACCUACGAGGAGUUUGCCGACAGAUACCACAUUCUCGUGCCCUCGGACGACUGGAUCAAGGUCAUGUGCGGCGGCGACCAGAAGGACGUCAUGGGCUUGUGCAAACAGAUCCUUGCCUCUGCCGUCGACGAGACUCAGAAGUACCAGUUGGGUAACACCAAGAUCUUCUUCAAGGCCGGUAUGUUGGCCCACUUCGAGAAGUUGAGAUCGCAAAAGCUCCACGACGCGGCCGUUAUGAUCCAAAAGAACUUGCGCAAGAUCUACUACCGCAAGCAGUACUUGCAAAUCAGAGAAUCGUUGGUCAAGCUGCAAGCGUUAUUCCGUGGCCACAUCACCAGAGCUGCUAUCCAACGAGAGAAGGAGACCGCGGCCGCGCUCCGCCUACAGACCGCCGCCAGAGCCAUCAACGCGCGCCGCAACUUCCGCAACGCGCAGACGGCCAUUCUUUUCAUCCAGAGAACGUUCCGUGGCCGCAUGGCCAGAAAGCACUUGGACGAGAUGCGUGUGGAGCGCUCGGCGCUUGUGUUGCAGAAACAUGCCCGAGGCAGAGCUGUGCGCAAGGAGUUUGCCGAAAAGAGAAGCGCCGCCGUUGUUUUGCAGUCGUACAUUCGCCGGAAGUUGGCCGUGAAACAGCUCCUGCAGCUCAAGGAGGAGGCUAAGUCCGUCAACCACUUGACCGAGGUUUCCUACAAGUUGGAGAACAAGGUGAUCGAGCUCACGCAGUCCUUAACUGGAAAGAUCCAGGAGAACAAGAGUUUGACGGCUGAAAUCAGCAAGUUGAGCGAUCUCUUGGCCCAAUCGUCCGCAGCCACAGACGCCCUUGUUGCACGCGAAGCCGAGGCCAAGGCCCUCACCGCCACCUCCACCGCCGCCCAACAGGUGGAAAUCGCCCAGUUGGACCGCGAGUUGGCGGCCAUCAAGGCAGAGUACCAGGCCGCGGAGUUGAAGAUCGAGGAGCUCACCAAGGAACAGGCCGAGUUGAGAAGCGAGGUGCAACGCAACAUCGAGGAGCUCACCGCUGCCAAGGAGGCCCUCGUCAAACGCGACACCAUCGAGAUCGACUUGAAGGCGCACAUUGAGCAGCUCAAGCAGGAGCUUGCAACGCUCCACGCGCAGCAAAAGGUCGCGUUGAGCACCAAGACACGCGCGGCCAGCAGCAAGCGCCACAGCAGCGCGGCCGCCGGCUUCGCCGCCGGCGUUUCUGCCGGCUCGUUCGACCACCAGCGCCCCGUGUCUGUCAUUGCCGUUUCGAACGAAGACAACACCGACAUCGAGAGCAUCAACGACGAGCUCUUCCAGCUCUUGCGCAACUCGCGCAACUUGCACCGCGAGAUCAUCGAGGGCUUGUUGAAGGGGCUCAAGAUCCCACCAGCAGGUGUCGCGGCCGAUCUUACCCGAAAGGAGGUGUUGUUCCCAGCGCGGAUCAUCAUCAUCAUCAUCUCGGACAUGUGGCGGAUCGGCUUGACGAAGGAGAGCGAGGAGUUCUUGGGCGAGGUGUUGGCUGCGAUCCAGCAGAUUGUCUCUACACUCAAAGACGAGGAGGUGGUGCCCAACGGUGCGUUCUGGCUCUCCAACACGCACGAGUUGUACUCGUUCGUGGCGUACGCGCAGCAGACGAUCAUCGGCAACGACGCGCUGUUGCACGAGAUGAGCCAGGAGGAGUUUGACGAGUACUUGAAGCUCGUGGAGGUGGUCAAGGAGGACUUCGAGCUGUUGCUGUACAACAUCUACAACAUGUGGAUGAAGAAGAUGGAGAAGGACUUGGAGAAGAAGGCCAUCUCCGCGGUGGUGAUCUCGCAGUCGUUGCCGGGCUUCAUGGCGCCCGACAGUUCUCCCUUUUUGGCCAAGGUGUUCUCGCAGGGCGUCCAAUAUAAGAUGGACGACAUUCUCCUGUUCUUCAACUCGGUGUACUGGUCGCUCAAGUCGUACUUCAUCGAGGAGGAGGUGUUGAAGGCGGUGAUCAUCGAGUUGCUCCGCUUCGUCGACGCGUUGUGUUUCAACGACUUGAUCAUGCGCAGAAACUUCCUCUCGUGGAAGCGUGGGCUCCAGUUGAACUACAACGUCACUCGUCUCGAGGAAUGGUGCAAGGGCCACGACAUCCACGAGGGUUCCGUGUACUUGUGCCACUUGCUCCAGGCCGCCAAGCUCUUGCAGCUCCGCAAGAACACCAUGGAGGACAUCGAGAUCAUCUACGAGAUCUGCUACCUGUUGAAGCCCACGCAGACACAGAAGUUGAUCUCGCAGUACUACGUGGCCGAGUACGAGACGCCCAUCUCGCCGGAGGUGUUGCAGGCGGUGGCCGACAAGGUGAAGAGCACGGACGGGUCCAACGACGACUUGUUCGAGCCCAUUUCGGAGGGCCACUUCGACGACCCGUUCCAGAACGUGGCGCUCCGUCCGUUCGUGCGCGUGGAGGCGUAUGUGCCCGCGUGGUUGAGUUUGCCUGUGAUUCGGCGGGUCGUGGAGUUGGUGGCCAAGAAUGCGUCUGCGCAAGAGUCGGACCAAGAGAAACUUUCUGCCGCCGAGACCAACGGGCUGGCCUAA